AUCCGAAUACUCCAAAAUUGAUGAAUCUGGAAACAUUUACGAAUCCGGAAAACUCUCCUCUAGUGUAAACCAAGUCUGAAUAAUCCCAGUAAGGGAAAUGAAAAAAACUAUUAAAGCUUUCAUUAUAUAGCUUGUGUAUUAGAUAAGUAUUCUCGGUUUAAAAUUCUCGUUCUUUUUUCAGUCAAGAUGGAUUUUCGAAAGAUGGCUGUCAUUUAAUUACAUCACAAAGCAACUCAGAAGAAACAGUCUGCAGCUGCAGUCACUUGACUCAUUUUGCUGUCCUAGUAGACUACAGUGGUGGGAGUGUGCACGUGGUAUUAUGUUGUUCAAUAUUGCUUCUAGCAUUGCUUAUAAGGGCAUUAAAUUGAUAAACAUCCUAUUCCGUCUGUUUGUGAUUUGUUCUGCAGCUUUCCCAGAAGGACGAAGAUAUUCACGAGAUAAUCACUUACGUAGGAUUGAGCCUUUCAGUCAUCGGAAUGAUUUUAACUAUAAUCAUGUAUUCCCUUUUCAAAGAUAUUCAUCAACCUCUGACUCAAAUAAGACUGAGUAUCGCCGGGUCGCUCGGAGCUGGUCAAAUAAGCUUUCUCGGCGGAAUGCACGCCAUGGGUAACACUGUCGCUUGCAUAACAGCAACAGGCCUUACGCAGUAUUUCUUGAUGGCCGCCUUCUGCUGGAUGCUGGUGGAAGAAAUUUACUUUUACUUGCUUAUUGUAAAAGUUUACGACAUCAGCAAUAAGAUGAUCGUAUGUCACGUCAUGGCAUGGGGUUUCCCUAUCACCAUGGUCGGCAUUUCUCUUCGCGUCGCAAUCGGAAAAGGAGAGAUUCAAAGCUAUACCAGCGAUAAAUAUUGUUGGUUGUCAUCAACUUAUGACUUGAUUUGGAUAUUUGUUGCAUUUCUGACAGCAACUGCAGUGGUAAGUUUACUAUCAAUAAANNNAAAGCCUUAG